AUGAGGGACAAAGAGGAUGACGGAUGCGAAAAGGUCAUGGACGAGUGCGGCGAACCGCGUGUCAAGAUUUACGUGCAGCCGGAAAAACAGCGGAUGAAACGACCGACGACCAUGUUGGAGAAGAGAACUGAAGCCGUGGAAAAGAAUUCCAUUUACAGGUAAGUCGAAAUGUGUAAUAUCAUUCAUGAGUAUUUUCACGUCGCAUUCGGCCGGGUAAAACGGAUCGGUAUGCAACGUAUUGUUUCUUUAUGGGCUUAUUUCCUACAUAAAUCAAUAAUAAUAUAUACAAAUUAAUUACUAUAUACCUACUAUUUGUAACCUGUCGACUUGUUUGUUACUUUCAGUGGCGUAAUUAUGGGGAUGAGGAAAUUGGGUGUCAUAUUCCCCCCAGGCAGGUCCCAUGGCCUUUUUUUUUUUAAAAUUUCCAAACACAUUUAUGUAUUAAUUAUUCUAUUAUUAUUUAAUAUUUAGAGAUACUAUGGUAACUGUAUAGAAAUAAAAAACAAAAAAAAACCCAAUACCCAUGCCCGGUUUAUGCCAAAAAACUAUUUUAUACAAUGCAAAUGUAUUCAAUUAUAUUUAUAUUAGAGACUAGGAAUUGAAAAACACGUGAUUGUGUUCCAUAAUUGAUCUGAAAAAUUACCGAAGAACGAGACUCGAGGCACUAGAUAUUUUGUAAUAAAGACAUCCCGAUAUAAAUAUCUCAUCCUAAAAGUACUAUGCACUUAUUUACCAGUGUCAACUUCAUCGCCAAAACAUAUUAAAGAAACACAACAUCUAAAGUUUGAACCUUAAUUAAAAUAUCGAUAUUUUUCAUAAAUGUUCUGUGGUGGAGAUUAAAUGUAAAUAUAAUUUUCUACGUUUUUAUUCCGAAGAAUUGAAUAAAACGGUGUUCCUAUGGUAAGCUAUUGGUAAAAAUGUUAAAAUUGACCCCGAAGAAGUACUUAAUGAUUUAGGAUUAAAGUUGCAUAGGCCGUAUCUUCUAUUGCGAUUUGUGAUGGAACUGUAUAUUCUAUAGGUACCAAUAAAAUUGAAGUUUAAAUGUUAAAAUUAAUGUAAACAUUUGAAUAUAAUAUUAUUAUUUAUUUCAAUGUAUACAGAUCACAAUGCAACCAUUGUAUAAUAUUUGUAUUGAGAGAGGUGCUUGUAUGAUAAAAAAUACAUUUUUGUUGCCCGAGGGGCAGUAGAUAAAAUGUACAAACAUUUCGUUCUCCUCCCCCUAACCUCCCUUUAAACAUGGUGAAAUUACGCCACUGGUUCCUUGAUUAAUGUACAUAAUAACUGUUUCGCGUUUGUAUCUAAAAGCGUUUGAAAUUUUCUUGGUGCCUUUUCUUUCCGCAAAGUCUUCAACAAUUUUAUCUUCUAAAAUAACUUUGUUUUUACGUGUGUACCAAAGUGGAUCCAUCUAGCCUGUUUUUAUUUAUUGUUCACCUAACAUUAUGUCCUUAACCGUUCGUGAGUUGAAAAAGUGCGCAAAUAUUCAUAAAAGAAAUUGUGGUACACCGGGCAUAAUAUUAUCCAGUUAAGUAUCAAUACCUGUUUCCGGUUUACUCGCAGUGUCGUUUCGCCAAAAAUUAUUAAGAAAAAUUCACGUUUUGGUGUAAUUGAUACAUUUCGUGGGAGAUUAACAUUGGAUAACGUUGUACAUGUCCCGUGGGCUCUACGAUAAGUAAAUUUUAGGUGACUCCUUAGACGUGUGCUUUAUUUUUUUCCUGCCUGUCAACGACUGUUCUGCCGAAAAUGUUAUUCCGGUUAUCGACUGUUCCGUAUAGUGUUUUGAAUCUAUAUUCGAAGAGUGCGUUUUACGAUUUUUCCUUGUAGUUUUUAUUUAUAAUGGUAAAAAAAUACCAGGUCGAAAAUCGGGAACAUCAGCACGUAAAAAAAUAAUUUUUGUAAUUAAUUGAUUUUCAUUAGUUUAAAUCUAUCGAACUGGUUCCGUUGUCAACCGAACUCGACCGCUCGGAAUAGGUUUUCGUUCGAAUGAUUAAAAAAAAACCCGGUUUACACACAGGCAAUCAUUCAAACCACCGGAAGCUCCACACAGGAGGUCAGCCGUGAAGCCGGUACAAAAUUUUUGGCCGAUGGCCCAGAACGGCGAAGGGAUCGCCAACGUGACGAUACAACGGGCGAGUUUCCCGGAGUGGCCGUGUGACCAGCGGCCGCCACCUGUGAUCCAAGGCGACCAUGAGAUCGGCAAUUGCGAGCAGCCCAUAAAAGCGGUCACGUCGCAGCGACACGAUUAUGUGAAGAAAAGUGUGCCGGUGCCCGUGCGGUACCGGGCCUCCGAUCCGGCCAUCGACUUACAGGACGGCUGUAGUACCGGUGGCGGCGGGGACGUCCGGUGUCAGAUGGCCAGCGUGACCACCACGACGGACACAUUCAGCGUGAAGGACCUAGUGCGCCCGCAGGAGUCGGCGCGGCCGGCCACCGCUACCCACUGGAUGGCCCGCGACGAACGCAUGGCUGCCGUCACGGAGACCAGCGCCAGUUAUGUGCCGUGGGACCUGCUGACGCUGUACAGGUCGACCGAAUGCUUGCCGUAUUGCCGGCCCGACGAACCCAUCGACGAUUGCACCGUGUACAAGCGGAGUUACAAGCCGCCCGGCAACUUCCGCGACCCGUUGCCCGGCGAACUGACACCGGUCGACCGAUUUGGUUCCAGCGUCGACUCCGAGGGCCACCCGUUUUACCCGAGAGCGCACGAUUACAAUUAUUCGUAG